UGUUAUGCUUUUUCUUUCUCCUUCAGCAAGUUUAAACACCGAAUUACUAAAUCGCUACUGACGAUUAAUUAGAGUUUUAAUAUGAAUUUCUAAAUUAUAAACAUUCGUUUUAGUACUCAUUCAAUUUGAACGCAAAAAUUCAUUUUGAAAGUGCAUGUUUACAUUAGGCUACUUCAAUACCGGCGUCGAUUUAAAUCAUUCUAUGUAUCUGAAGACUGAAGAUUAAAAGAUAGGCGAUAGUUCGACUGAACUUUCUUUGAACGAGUGAUUUAUAUGUAUAAUAUACAAAAUAAUCGUUUAAAUGUAUAUUAUAGCUGUUUAACCUCGAUGUAACUCGUAACAUCGAGAAGAACGAGGAAACGUGUCUUGUCUUACAACUGCUGCAGUAAUGAUCUGGCGCAGAAUGAUGACUCCAAUAGAUCUCAGCAAAUUAAUGAAGAAGACACGAGUGGAAAAGAAGAUUGAAAAAUCGAAAAAGAUAAUCAAUCGAUUCGAUGGAUUAACAGAAGAAGAAGUGCAAAAGAAUUGUACUCUUGAGGACUACCUUCAAAUGAAUUUAGACAUAGUAUUUAUUGGAAUCAAUCCGAGUUUGACUGCAGCACAUCGCGGUAAAUAUUACGCUGGUGCAUGUAAUCAUUUUUACAAGCUCCUGCAUAAGUCGGGCUUGACGCCAUAUCUUCUAAAAUAUGAAGAAGAUCACAAGCUUCUGGAAUAUGGAAUUGGCUUGACCAAUGUCGUGCACAGACCGACAAGAUCUUCUGCAGAUCUAAAAUCUGCAGAAUUAAAAGAGGGUAUGAAAUGUGUAGAAGAGAAAUUAAUGUAUUGGAAGCCAAAAAUUGCCGUAUUUAACGGCAAAUGCAUUUACGAUGCAUGUAGUACUAAAUCAGGUGCUUUUAAGUUUGGUCUACAAAGAGAAUGUAUUGGAGAAAGUGCAGUUUGGGUCGUGCCUUCGAGCAGUGCUCGCUGCGCAAACUUCCCAAGACUUGAAGAUAAAUUACAUUUUUUUACAUCAUUAAAAAAAUAUUUGCAGUUUUUGAAAGGAGAAAUUGAAUGUGUGGAUAUGAAAGAUUUUCAGUUCGAAGGAAAAUGUACACAAUUUAUACCACGCACCUCAAAAAUGUGGAGGAGAAAGGAUGCCUCUGUAUUUUUAAAUGGCGGUAGAGUUGCCAAUAAACAACUGAUGUGUCUAGACACGUCAGAUGUAGCUACUGCUUAUAGUUCUGAAUUUAUUGUAAAGAAAGUGCGAAAAAAUGAGAGCAAUGAAGAAGCAAAGAAAUCAAAAUCAUCUAAAAAUUCUAAAUCUAAUUCAGAAAGUGAUAUCGAAAUAGUUUUUGAAAAUGUUCAGUAGCUAAAUUUCGAUAAACGAUUAGAAGUCCGAUAAAACAAAGAUUGAGAAAGCAUAGGAAGUGAUACUGAGAAAUCUAUCGAAUAUCGAAGUCUAUGUUCAGUAGUCAUUUAGAGUAAUAAUCAUAUUUCAACUAAUAGUAUUUUUAUAAAAGACUGAUGCAUGUAU